UACUUCCUCUCAUCAAGUUUCCUGCGUCUAACAGUCAUGCCAGAUUAACUGCCAUCAACACAUGAGGGAAGACGCACAUGUUUCUUGAGGUGAAAAAACAACCAUGAAUGGGUCACUAACAGACUUCGUCAAAAUGGACAAUGCCACCUUGGCCAUGUUUGACAACAAACAGGCCAGUGAUAUUGUGUCAGCCAUCUAUGUCAUCGUGACUCUGGCCAAUCUGAGCGGCAAUGGCGUCUCUCUGUUUCUGUUACUGAUGCGCACCUCUCCGAAAACCCCCUCUAUCAUCUUCAUGAUCAACCUCACCCUCACCGACCUGAUACUGGGCACUGUGCUCCCCUUUCAGAUUGCAUACCAAAUGCAAGGCUACAACUGGACCUUGGGUGUGAGCAUGUGCAAUGUGCUGACCGUGGUUUUCUUCACCAACAUGUACUGCUCCAUUUUAUCCAUGACUGCUAUUAGUGCCGACCGCUACCUGGGAAUUGUGAAACCAAUGCGCUUCAGAGAGAUGAGGAAGAGGAAAACAUAUGCAAUUGUUGCCUGCAUAUUCAUGUGGCUGCUAGUCCUUGUGAUUCUGAUCCCGCUGGAACGCUCAGACCUGACAUAUUACGUAACGGAGCGCAAUAUCACCACAUGUUUUGAUGUGUUAAGGAGGUCCAUGCUACCGGGCGUUGCUCACUGGGCGGCCUUCCUGUUUGGCAUGUUCAUCAUCCUCUUUCUCUGUCCAUUCAUCAUCACAGUGUAUUGCUACAUUAACAUCAUCUGUGUCCUGGUCAGAAAGACCAAUAGUCAGCAGAAAGGCCGCGCUGUGCGCUUGGCGUGCAUCGUUCUGUUUGUGUUCAUUUUUUGUUUUGCUCCCAAUAACAUCUUACUCUUGGCCCACACAGUCACAAGGCUGUACUAUAACAAGUCUCUCUAUAUGUACUAUAAACUCUCCCUGUCUCUCAGCUGCAUUAAUAGUUGCAUUGAUCCAUUUAUUUAUUAUUUUGCAUCGAAAGAGUUUCGCCGAAAGCUAAGGCAAAUGCUGAGGUUGCAGACUCUAAGUACUGGAGAGACAGCAAUGAUCGAGGGCCACAGAGAAAGCUUUUUCUCUGGACGUACGAUGGGCAAUGCAAAUGAAGAUGAAAAUUCUUAACAUUUGAUGUUAUAUUUAGUUUCUGUUGUUUUUAUUUUAGAAGCAAGAAGAUAUUGGAUGUCACGUUUCAGGUUUGCAGCGGCCACAUGAGCACUGUUAAAUGAGUCAUAGCACAAGCGCUAACCGCUAGGCCACAUCUCUCACACGUUUUGUAGUUUUCAUAAUAUAUCUGAUGCAAAGUCAUAGGAAGGACCACUUCCCACAUUGUUUUCUUGUUAUUGUUUAGUAGCAUUUCGCUUUUGUUCUAUUUUGAUUUCCUGGCUGAGCAGCUGAGGAAAAGCAUGCUGCUCACAUGCAUUCAGGGCGCGUGAUGUUGUGUAUCUUUGUUUUUUUCUGGUAUCAGGCGCCCAAGUUCCUUCUCACUGUAACUCGGCAUAUUUUUUGUACAGUAAUGUGUGGUUAAACUUAGCAGCAACUUCAGUCAUUUCUGAUCUGACUGAAAAGGUACAAAUACUUAUUGUGGCAGCUAUAUAUGUCAGAUCUGUGAAAUAUUUUUAUACUGUGAUAAAGCAUUUAUUGUUUAGCAGUUAAGAAUUCAUUUUCUUUUCUAUGAGCCAAACUGUUUUAAUAUUUAUUUUACUUAUGCUGUUUAUAAUGUGCCUUGUAUUAUUAUUAUUAUUAUUAUUAUUUUUUUUACAUGUUUCUUAUUUGUUUUUAUUGUUGGCAUUACAUAUCUGUGGUAGCAAAUUACACAUAUAGGGGCACAUAUACAGUCAUAUAGGGGCAUUUAUUUUGUAAUGUUUUUUUU